AUGAAACCCCUCUACAGCACCAACACUCUCUUACUCCUCCUUGCUCUAUUCCUUCUCCACUUAGGACCAUCCCACUCUUCAACUUCAGCCUCUCAACUUCUCUACUUCAAACAAUCUCUCCCUAACCCAUCCCUCCUCCAUGACUGGCUCCCUUCCAGAAACCCAUGCUCCUUCACUGGCAUCACCUGCAACCAAACCACCGUUACUUCCAUAGACCUCACCUCCAUCCCUCUCAGCACAAAUCUCACCGUCGUCGCCACCUACCUUCUCACCCUCGACCACCUCCAAAUCCUCACCUUGAAAUCCUCCAACAUCACUUCCUCUCCCAUUUCCCUCUCCCACACCAAGUGCACUUCCUCACUCACCUCCCUAGAUCUAUCACAAAACACUAUCUCCUCCUCUUUCUCCAACUUUUCCUUUCUCUCAUCAUGCUCCGCUCUUAAAUCUCUUAACCUCUCCAACAACCUGCUCGCCUUCGAUUCUCCCAAAUGGACUCUCCCUUCGUCUCUCCGCUUUCUCGACGUUUCCAACAACAAGAUUUCCGGCCCUGGAUUCUUCCCUUGGAUCCUUAACCAUGACUUAGAGUUUUUAUCUCUCAGAGGAAACAAAGUCACCGGCGAAACCGACUUCUCCGGUUACAAAACUCUCAAGUAUCUAGAUAUUUCCUCUAAUAAUUUCACUGUCUCUAUACCUUCCUUCGGUGACUGUUCAUCUCUCACACACCUCGAUAUCUCUGCAAAUAAAUACUUCGGCGACAUUACCAGAACUCUCUCCCCUUGCAAAAACCUCCUCCAUCUCAACCUCUCCGGCAACCAGUUCACCGGCGCCGUUCCUUCUCUUCCUUCUGGCUCCCUACAGUUCCUCUACCUUGCUGAAAACCACUUCGCCGGAAUAAUCCCGCCGCGUCUGGCUGACCUCUGCUCAACUCUCAUCGAACUCGAUCUCUCUUCCAACAACCUCACCGGUCCAGUCCCACGCGAGUUCGGCGCGUGCAGUUUGUUGAAGUCUUUCGACAUAUCGAGCAACAAGUUCGCCGGUGAACUUCCGAUGGAGAUUCUAACUGAGAUGAGUGGUUUGAAAGAACUGACCGUGUCGUUUAACGAAUUUUCUGGUCUACUUCCCGAGUCGCUGUCAAAGUUAACGGGUUUGGAAUCGUUAGAUCUGAGUUCGAAUAACUUCAGCGGAACGAUUCCGAGGUGGCUUUGCGGAGAAGAAUGGGGGAAUAAUUUGAAGGGACUUUACCUGCAAAAUAACGUGUUCACGGGUUUUAUUCCUCCAACGCUGAGUAACUGUUCUAACCUCGUUGCUCUUGAUUUCAGUUUCAAUUACCUCACGGGAACCAUUCCUCCGAGUUUAGGUUCGCUUUCGAAGCUUCGCGACUUAAUCAUGUGGUUGAAUCAGCUUCACGGGGAGAUUCCUCAAGAGCUUCGAGAUAUGGCGAGUCUUGAGAAUUUGAUUCUUGAUUUUAAUGAGUUGAGUGGAACCAUUCCUUCGGGGCUGGUGAAUUGCACUAAGCUGAAUUGGAUCUCGCUGUCGAAUAACAGGCUUACCGGGGAGAUUCCUUCGUGGAUUGGGAAGCUUUCGAAUCUUGCUAUAUUGAAACUGAGUAAUAACUCGUUCUCUGGGAGGAUUCCGCCGGAGUUGGGAGAUUGCCCUAGCUUGAUAUGGUUGGAUCUGAAUACAAAUUUUCUUACUGGACCGAUACCUCCUGAGUUGGCGAAGCAAUCGGGGAAAGUUGUGGUUAAUUUCAUCAGUGGGAAGACAUAUGUUUACAUUAAGAAUGAUGGUAGUAAAGAGUGUCAUGGAGCUGGGAGCUUGCUGGAAUUUGCAGGGAUUAAUCAGGAACAAUUGGGGAGAAUUUCAACAAGGAACCCUUGCAAUUUCACUAGGGUUUAUGGAGGUAAGCUUCAGCCUACGUUUACGCUUAAUGGCUCGAUGAUCUUUUUGGAUGUUUCACACAACAUGUUGUCUGGUACUAUUCCUAAGGAAAUUGGUGAAAUGGUAUUUCUCUAUGUUUUGCAUUUGAGUCAUAAUAACCUAUCUGGUAGCAUUCCUCAAGAGCUUGGUAGGAUGAAGAAUCUCAAUAUUCUUGAUCUUUCUUACAAUAAGUUGCAAGAUCAAAUUCCACAAACCUUAACAAGGCUUUCAUUGCUCACUGAGAUUGACUUCUCCAACAAUUGUCUCUCUGGAACGAUUCCGGAAUCUGGUCAAUUUGACACGUUUCCGGUUGGUAAGUUCCUGAACAACUCUGGUCUCUGCGGUGUUCCUCUUCCACCGUGUGGGGCGGACUUGGGAGGGGGUGCAGGUUCGCAGCAUAAGUCUCAUAGGAGACAGGCGUCUCUUGCAGGGAGUGUGGCAAUGGGAUUGCUUUUCUCUCUUUUCUGUGUUUUCGGUUUGAUCAUUAUUGCUAUUGAGACAAGAAAGAGGAGGAAGAAAAAAGAGGCAGCUAUUGAUGGCUACAUUGAAAAUUCUCAUUCUGGCAAUGCCAAUAAUUCUGGCUGGAAAUUGACCAGUGCCCGCGAAGCUCUCAGUAUUAACCUCGCAACGUUUGAAAAGCCACUUCGAAAGCUCACUUUCGCAGAUCUUCUAGCAGCAACCAAUGGCUUUCACAAUGACAGUCUCAUUGGUUCAGGUGGUUUCGGCGAUGUGUAUAAAGCUCAGUUGAAAGACGGAAGUGUUGUGGCCAUCAAGAAGCUGAUACAUGUAAGUGGACAAGGGGACAGAGAAUUCACAGCUGAAAUGGAAACCAUUGGGAAAAUUAAGCACAGAAACCUUGUUCCUCUUCUGGGAUACUGCAAGGUUGGAGAGGAAAGACUGUUGGUUUAUGAGUACAUGAAAUAUGGAAGUCUAGAAGAUGUCCUGCACGACCCGAAGAAAGCUGGGAUCAAGAUGAAUUGGUCAGUGAGGAGGAAGAUUGCAAUUGGAGCUGCAAGAGGGUUGGCUUUUCUCCACCAUAACUGUAUUCCACAUAUCAUUCACAGAGACAUGAAAUCCAGCAAUGUCUUGCUCGAUGAAAAUUUGGAAGCCAGGGUCUCUGAUUUUGGUAUGGCUAGGCUUAUGAGUGCUAUGGACACACAUUUGAGUGUAAGCACAUUGGCGGGCACGCCGGGUUAUGUUCCUCCAGAAUACUAUCAAAGCUUUAGAUGCUCCACUAAAGGCGACGUUUAUAGUUAUGGUGUAGUUUUGCUGGAGUUGCUGACGGGGAAAAGACCAACCGAUUCAGCUGAUUUUGGCGAUAACAAUCUUGUCGGAUGGGUUAAACAACAUGCCAAACUCAAAAUAAGUGAUGUCUUUGAUAAAGAGCUUAUGAAAGAAGACCCCAAUUUGGAGAUCGAGCUUUUGCAGCAUUUAAAGGUAGCUUGUGCUUGUUUGGACGAUAGACCUUGGAGGAGACCUACAAUGAUUCAAGUCAUGGCAAUGUUCAAGGAAAUACAAGCAGGUUCAGGAAUGGAUUCUCAGUCUACUAUAGCCGCUGAAGACGAAGGUUUCAACGCCAUCGAAAUGGUUGAAAUGAGCAUAAAAGAAGUCCCUGAAUCAAACAAGCAUUAA